AUGAUUAUCUCUAUCUUCUCCACAGUUCUGAGACCCAUGAACAAGUCAAGAACAACUGUAACUGAGUUUGUCCUCCUAGGCUUCCCUGGCUCCUGGGAGACACAGGUUGUUCUCUUCUCACUGCUUUUGGUCAUCUACAUCCUGACCCUUCUUGGUAAUGGAGCCAUCAUCUGUGCAGUGACAUGGGACCAAAGACUCCAUACUCCCAUGUACAUCCUUCUAGGAAACUUUUCCUUUCUUGAAAUCUGGUAUGUUUCUUCCACUGUUCCAAAUAUGUUGGCCAGCUUUCUGUCCAAGACUAAAACAAUCUCCUUCUCUGGCUGCUUCCUUCAGUUUUAUUUCUUCUUUUCCCUGGGUACAACUGAAUGUCUCUUCCUAGCAAUAAUGGCUUAUGAUAGGUAUCUGGCUAUCUGCUGCCCACUGCACUACCCAACCAUCAUGACUGGGAGGCACUGUGCCACCCUAGUGUCUCUCUGUUGGUUGGCUGGCUUCCUUGGCUAUCCAGUUCUCAUUUUCCUAAUCUCCCAACUGCCCUACUGUAGUUCCAACAUCAUAGAUCACUUUCUUUGUGACAUGGAUCCACUGAUGGCCCUCUCCUGUGCUCCAGCACCUAUCACUGAGCUGGUCUUCUAUACUCAGAGCUCCCUUGUCCUCUUUCUCUCCAUUACAUACAUCCUCACAUCAUAUGCCCUGGUGCUUAGAGCUGUGUUUCAAGUACCUUCAGCAGCUGGUCGUCGUAAAGCCUUCUCUACAUGUGGAUCUCAUCUUACAGUAGUGUCUUUGUUCUAUGGAACAGUCAUGGUAAUGUAUGUGAGCCCAACAUAUGGCAUCCCAACUUUGAUGCAAAAAAUUGUCACUUUGGUAUAUUCAGUAAUGACUCCAUUUGUAAACCCCCUAAUUUAUAGCCUGCGCAACAAAGAUAUGAGAUGUGCCCUAAAAGCAGUUUUAUAUGGUAUGAGAAGUAGCCAACAUUCAUGA